AACACCUGCUCAUUAACUCUUUUCACACCAUCUGGUUUUGCCCACCAUUUCUGCUCUAAAAGGUUGACAGAAACACUCUAAUAUUAACACGCAACAUUUUACUUCCUUAGUCUUGUGAAAUAUUUCUCAGAAACCUACAUUUCAAACCACCAAGCUCAUUCUUUUUUUUCCCUAAAUGUUACUAAAAACUUUUAUUUGGAAUAAUUUCAUCUUAUCACAAUGAUUUAUUAAUAUUUUCAACCAAAGCAAAGAUUUAUGUCCUGGUUAGUCAUCAUUUUCUGCCUUUCUUCUAGGACCAAGUCUGAGUCUAAAUGUGGGUAAACUAAUAAAUAUCUGCCUGUGCAACACAUAACAUUUCAUUAAACAUAACACAAUCUCCAAUUAAUUAAAAACAUUAUAUUCAAGUCAGUGUAUAACCAGUCAGGUAGUGGACAGAUUUCAUGAGAGUUCUAUAUGACAGAGAUGUUGCAUGUGGGGUCAGUGUGAGUGUGAUUUUCUCUGCAUCUGUUUAUCUUUGUGGACGUGAGAGUUCUGUACUCUCUUCUGACGGUUAAUUACAUUCAAAAGCAUCUCAUGCAAUGCAUUUAAUACAAACCAUUAUUAAUUAAGGCUUAUUAUUGUCAGUUUUUGAAACAGACUCUAAAAUUGCCCCGUAGGUGUGAGUGAGAGUCCCCCAGCCACUGUGCCAAGUCAAGUAUGCGGAUCAGGAAUGGUCCGCUGUGGCGACCCCUAAUGGGAGCAGGCAGAAGGAAGAUGAUGAUGAUGAUUGUCAAUUUUUGAAACAUACACACAAAUAACGUUUGCACAUUCCCUUUUGUGUAUUAUGGAGAAUAACUGUAUCCACAGACAUAAAACACUCUAUAAUGAAUUAUGACAAAAUCAUUGUGUAUUUUCCUAUCACGGAUGAAUUCAUGCUGGCCUACGUAGGCAGUUCCCUAGGGUUUAGUAUCUAUAAAUACUCUGGCUCAAUGAGAAGUGGGGGAAGGAGGUAUAAUGCUGUGUUUUCCGCCAUCUACAAAUGCAGGGAGCAUUCAAACACGAUCACCUCUCAACCAUUGGACAGACCAGCAAAAACCUAUUGAUUCCCUAUUAUUCAAACAGACCAGAACCAAAUCCACAUAAUGAGAGACACAUUUACUGCCCAGACAAACAGCUGCAUCUGUGCAGUAAGUAAAUUAUACACUCGCCGUACAUCUAUGAAUGGAUCAAUGCCCGAACAGCUCCAUUAAGUCUUUAUUACAGUGCUUUCCAUAAUGCACAGUCCAUUGUUUCCCAAUGAAAGUACUGUAGAGAUGAACAGAAAGAUGUCAACAUUAUCCUGAUGCUGGUUUAGUGCAGGCCACACUGCAGUGUCAGUAUUUGUGAAUGGUGCUCUAAUCAUCAUCUGUAUGCGGGUCACGACUGUGACGUUUUCGCAGCAGCAUUACAUCACUCACAACUGAACGCGCCCUGCAGGCGGAAGAUCAAUCACAAGGCAAUGAAUGAGUCAGAACACAAAUGACGUCAUACAUUGACCUUAACAACUCAUUGAACUGAGUGAAGAUACAUGUAAAUACAUUUGCACUCUAGACAUUUUUGCCUUUAGACAGACAGACAGAGAUGAUAUGACUAUGUUUGUUUACACAAUCAUUCCCCUUAUAAAGAAAACACGUGGGAACUGAGUUAAAAUGCACGCUAUACAGGUUUGCAUUUUAUUUAUAUUAAAUAAAUAAAAUAAGAAAACUUCAUUUGUUUACAAGAGAUGUUUGUUUCCCAAUUAGUAAAUCCGCGCGUCUCUGCUGCUCUAAAUCCUAUUAUCCAAUUUACGCAUCUAGAGUGCGUCUCACGCGUUGGUUGAUCGCUGUGUUGUUCUGUCAUUAAUUGCCCUCACGUGAAACGAUUAUUGUUUGCCAAUAUAAAUGUAUUGACGAGCCGCUCGCCGCCUCUCUAAUGAGUCAUGAGAAAGAGAAGUGAAGAUAUGUCCGCCGUGCUGAACGCGUUCCUGCGGUGCGUCGCGUUCCUGCUGCCGCCCUCUUGGCUUCAGUUUUGCUGGUGGGUUGGGGAGGCGUCAUGGCCCAAUCCCCGAGCGCGAUUCAAACACACAAAGCCUCUUACAUAUGAGGAAGUAGCAGUUCAAGACGAACCCAAACCCGUCCCCUCUUCCUCCUCUGACAGCCCCGAACCGGAACACUCUCCGUGGCGCCGAUUCUGGACGCUCUGGUCCGCUGUGGAGCGCAUCUUGACGGCUCCCUUUGCUCUUCACAAGCGCUUGGGAACUUUGUAUCCGCCUUACAGCGUCGCUCUCGGUUCCCCAUCGAGCGCCGAGACUAGCGGAGCUGCGGAAGAGGACGCGUUCACGGCGGAGACCAUGAGCGCCACCACCGAGCAGCAGCAGCAGCAGCAGCUGUCAGACGCGCCGGACGCGGUCGCGGACAAACACCUACCCGAGAUGAAUGCUCCGGUGACCAUCACUGUCGCGAUCCAGGCGGCGGAGGACGAGGAACCUGACGAGGAGGUUUCAUCAAACGCCAUCGAGCUCCACACGGGCAGCGGUAGCGAAGACGAGAUCGGAAGACACGAUAAAUCCAGUGGUGCUGGUACCAGUGGUGGAGAACUCGAGGAGGAGAGCUGGCAACCUCCUGACCCAGAACUCAUCCAGAAACUUGUAGCACAGAUUGAAUAUUAUCUGUCUGAUGAGAACCUGGAGCACGACGCAUUCCUGCUGAAACAUGUUCGGCGCAAUAAGCUCGGCUUCGUCAGCGUAAAGCUUCUCACCUCCUUUAAAAAGGUGAAGCACUUGACGCGGGACUGGAGAACCACAGCAUAUGCCUUGCGGCACUCAAACCUGCUGGAACUGAAUGAUGAGGGCCGUAAAGUGCGUCGCAGGUCAACAGUACCCGUGUUUGCCAGCGAGUCUUUGCCAAGUCGCAUGCUGCUGCUCAGUGAAUUGAAGCGCUGGCCGGAACUGGGCAUUGCACUUGGCGGCGAGGGGAAUGGAGGCAGCGGAGCGGGACCGACUCAGCAGGAGCAUCUAAUGGAGCUUCUACUGAAGGCGUUUGGAAACUAUGGCCCAAUUGCCUCAGUACGGGUUUUGAAGCCUGGCAAAGAUUUGCCAGCUGACCUGAAGAAACUCGGUGGCCGGUAUUCACAGCUGGGCAUGGAGGAGUGUGCCAUUGUUGAGUUUGAAGAGGUGGAGGCAGCAGUAAAGGCCCAUGAGGCGGUCGGGGGUGAAGGAGACAGUAGAGGCCCAUUGGGGCUGAAAGUCGUUCUAAUUGGCACUAAACCGCCCAAGAAAAAGGUCUCGAAAGACCGGCCGCGAGAGGAGGGUGUCAGUGGCAUGCGGAAGAGUCGCUCGCUGAACAGUCGUGUUCGGGAGUUGCAGUAUCACGGUGAUGACUCAGCCGCAAGCUCUUCGGAAACGGAGAGCAAUCCCACAUCCCCGCGGUUGGCCCGCAAGUCCCGCUCCUGCAACAAGCUCAGUCCCACAAGUGCAGGUCCCAACCACCUUAGUCCAGUGGUGUCCCCGCGCUCAAGCCCCUGGAGUAGCCCGCGGGCCAGUCCCUGCACCCAACGCAAAACACACCACUCUGGCAUGUCUCCUUUGGUUAGCGAGGGCAGAUUGAGUCCUGAACCAGGUCGGCGCUGGGCGGACUAUUCUUCAGACAGCAGCCUGACGCCCUCGGGCAGCCCCUGGGUCCAGCGUAGGAAACAGGUGGCAAGUCAGGAGAGCAGCCCUGUAGGAAGUCCCAUGCUCGGCAGAAAGAUCCAGAAUGCAGACGGUCUUCCCCCAGGUGUGGUGCGGCUCCCUAGGGGACCUGAUGGCACACGUGGGUUUCACUUUGCUCCCUCUGGCAGUGAUCGGGGCAAGACUGCAUCCACCCAAACCUGACUUUCAACUCUAAACCUUCCACUCCCUCACUCACCCUUCUGUUGCCCAUUUGGACCCUCAAACUCUGUUUCGCUGUUGGAAUUAUCAGUUGUCACCAUCUCUGUAGGACUGGCCUGUCUUUUGUAAUACCUUUUUCUAUAUGCUAUAGUUUUGUUAUUUUAUAUAUCUUAAUUUUACUAUCAGACUUAAUGAUGGUAUUACAACAAGGGAAGCUGUUUUGAAAGUUUAAGUUUUAAAUCACCCCAUUAUAUUUUUGUCAAUGUUGCUGUAAGAAAUUGAAAAUGAAGGGAUUGUCCUGGCACCUUUUUGUGUCAAUUAUAACAAUGCACAUAUCUGACUCCCAUGUAAAAUGUUGUAAAUGUAUUACUGGUGUGUGGGGGUCAUAGUCUGGGCAUUUGGUUAAAGUUACACCAUCUAUCUUUCUGAUCAGUUUCGAGCAAAUGUGGCUAUAGUCUUCGAAUCCCCCAGCACUGGGCCAAAUUUUGAUCCCUAAUGCUGUAUGUUUUAUUUGCUUUAAGUUCUGUUUUCUGCGUUUAAACAUGCUUCUCAUUUUAGUGAUUACUGAUUAGCUGGGAUCUAUUUUUUGUUUCCUUAUUUUCUUUGGGUCGAGUUCUCUUCUGCUUCCUCUGAGUGUAGCACACAGUGGAUAAGCGUUUGAGGUUUUUGUCCUGAGCACUUACUGCCCCCGUGUUUGCCUUGAGCUGAGUUGAGGCACUGCACAGUCUGCUUCCUAUUGUACAAAUAAAUCACUACAAUUGCA